AUGAACGUCAAAGCAGUUCAGAUCUUGGAUCUUGAGGAUACGGUCAUUGUGCCUCCUGGGAAGUGGUUGCGAGGUCCUCUCUGCGGCAAUGCGAUCUGGAGAAGCCCUGAAAGUUGGCGUCGAUCUCGCCAGAACCAGGCAUCUGAUGAUUUCUCCUUUGGAAUAGUGGUAUGGCAGCCUUUCUCACGAGAUCGUUAUUCCAAAGUUCCCCAUUCUAACUGUCCACAGAUGAUUUAUGUUAUGGUCAAUGAGAUAGUCUUUCGCGUCAAUGACAACCAGCUUACAGCUGAUGAUUCAUGGUACUAUAUUCUCCGUCGACAUAUAUCCUACUUUGCCAAUGAAGACAGCUUUAAUGGGUUUCUUCAACAUAUUGGAAAGGAAAACAUCUUCUUCGAACGCUUGGUAGCCCUCGUUGGCACUUUCACUCCAGGAGAGCUCAGACAACCCUCUGAGACUUGGGAUCACGUUGACCCCGAUCUCUGGGACUUAGUAGGUAAAAUGACGAACCUAGACCUAACAAGGAGAAUUACCGAAAGAGAGGCCCUUCAGCAUCGUUGGUUCAGCCAAGCUAGUUAA